AUGGCGCCCUUGUGCCCUCGGCUCCCGGAGCCACCCGGGCCCCGGGGAGCACAGGCCCAGGGCUGGCUCCGCAGCAGCGCGGUCCCGGCCCCCCCGCCAUCUUCGCCCCCUGCCCAGCGCGGCCCACGCGCCGCCCGCCUCACGCGCCCCAUCCCGCCCAACCGGCCCAACGGCCGCGGCGCGAGCGCCCCCGCAGCACCAGGCGCCUUCCUCUGGCGGGGGAAGGAGCGUCCUGCCCUGCCUGCCCUGCCCCGGCGGGGAACUGCGUGUCCUCUCCCCUCUCCUGGCCCUCAGCCCUGCGGCAGGUACCGUGGUCCGCCCGGCUCCUCGGGCCUGCGCUGGGGGCAGUUGUCUGAGGGGGGCUGUCUAGAGGCGGGCAGGGGGCAGAUGUCGGGCCUCUGCUGUGGGACAGGGGUGCGGGCAGUGCGAGCUGUGGGGCUGCUGGUGUGUAACGGGGAGAGCGUGACGCCAGGACAGAGUCCAGCGACUUCCCUCAUGGACAGGACCAUCAAGAUGAGGCAAGAGGCUGAAGCCCGGAGAGUGGCCUUGGCCUGGGGACUCCUUCAUAUGUCUAUGGCAGGCAUGAUAUAUACUGCAAUGAGUGGAAGACUCAUCAGCUGCCACUGCAACAUCCCAUACGGGCCACUCUCUUGUAUUGGACUUGCACUUGCAUCUGUGUUCAGCGUGAACGCCCUGUUGGAUUUCUGGAGGUACUGCAAGUACACAGGGACACCGAGGAGCUGGGCCCCGAGUCCCGGCCAGCAGCCCCUGCUGGGCUGGCAGAGUGCAGCUCCACCCACUGUGCUGGCAGCAAAGACAGUCCCGUCUGCGACGCCUUCUGCUCCCAUCCAGGGUCAGACGGUGCUGAGUUACAGCCCGUCCCGCUCCCCCAGAGCCAGCCCAAGGUUUCCCCCUGCUUAUCUCACGGGGUACAGGCCUCAGCUACAGGCUGCCUCAAGCAGCAGCCCCUCCUUUGGCAGAGCUGUAACUCGCUCACCCAGCAGCAGCUACAAGGUUUACGGCUUCAGCCCCUCUUCCAGUGGAUCCCUGUACGCCAGCAGUAUUGGAAGAGUGCAAAGGAUCAGGCUGAAGCCUUGUCACCACGCUUCACCCUUUCUCUAUCAUGCUCCUACUGCCAAGGAAGACUACAUGACAGACCUCAAGUCACUGCAGACCUUCCUUCAAAAUGAAGAGAAGAAACAACGCAGAGUUCAGCUGGGAAGUUCCGAUUCCAGCUCUCCUUCCAGCAGCCCAACUUCUGGGAACCACAGAUGCUUCACAGCAGACUCGGCGCUGGUGCUGCUGAACUACGAGUACCAGCUGGCUUGCCUGCCCCGGGCUCCGCCAGCACACAGGGACAGAGCUGGUCUGAGCUCCAAGCAGGCUGCAGAAGAGCAUCAUGAAGAUCUUUGUGCUGCCCGUGCCGCGACGUCUGCAGAAAGGGCUGCUGCUGAGCUGCUGGAGAAUACCAGUGUUCUGUGUGUAUCAGUGACAGAAGAGAGACCUGAGCCCAUCAACACUUCAGCAGGAGGGAGAGGGCCAUCAGAAGAAGCCACGUGCAGGAAGGGAAGACCCAGCUCACAUGAUGGCCAGUCCCCUGGCUUCUCCUUGGACCCUGCCUUGGUCUGCUGGCCAGCAUGCAGCUGGGGAUGUGCUGGCACUGACAUUGGGCAGUUGGUCUCCAUGGCAGCGAGUGCACGGACAAAUACCAGUUGGAUGUAGCCUGCGAGCGGGGCUGCUUUCGGGAGGAAGGAAGAGGAGAGUGAGAAGAGAGUGACCGUGGAUGGGCAGAUGUGCGGCAGCUGCCAGCUGGACCAUCUCACCUAUGUUGUUUGUUGUUUUUCAAAGAAACACCCACCUCUGUUUGUUUGCCUUCAUCUUCAUUUUGUAGGGUAUUGGCCAUGCCCUUUCUUUCACCUUUUCAAUGGCACUUUCUACCCGCUCAGUUACUUGUUGGUUUAGUGCUUUUAAAUACUUUUAAGUACAUCUUCAGAGUAGGUUUUUACCGUUUAAAAUAUGAUUGUAUUUAUCCUCCUAGUAGAUGCUAAGUUUUUAAUAGCUGUACCUUAGUAGUUCUGUUAGGUACUGUUGCAUGUUUAUUCCUAUUUAUUUUAGACAGUAUUUGAAGGGUAAGGGUGUAUACAGUCUGUAUUUGUAUUUAAAUAUUUUAAUAUGUUAAUUGUACGAGGUUCUGGAGCCGGAUCUCCGGCAGUGACAAGAUGGGUUUAACUCUGGCUUUGUUCAUGGGGACUUGUUCCACCUCGAGGAUGUUCUUUUAUACUGCUGCUUAGCAUAAACUUUUAUUCCGACA